AUGUCCUCCGCAUCUCAAAACACCGCUUUCAUCUUCUCCAAAUCCUCUUCUGGAAACCUCCAGAAUGGUAUCUCGAGACGUACUGGCCCGGUACCAGCUCCUCGAGCCCAUGAGGUCCUCGUCCGCAUCCAUGCCGUAUCUCUCAAUUACCGAGAUUUCGCCAUCGUCAAUGGCCUCUAUCCUUUGUCGAUCAAAGAUGACGUCGUCCUCGGGAGUGACUUAGCUGGUGAAGUUGUGGCUCUUGGAGAGGAAGUGCACGAGUGGAAGGUUGGUGACAAGGUGAUCGCUGCCGUUGAUCAGAGGCAUCUCUACGGGGUACCAGAGUCUAACGAGGUUUUGGGUGGUCAUGUCGACGGCGUUCUCCAGGAAUAUCGAGUUUUCAAGACUACGACACUCAUUCCAAUUCCGGCACAUCUGAGCUAUGAAGAAGGUGCAACCUUACCUGCCACAGGAUGCACGGCGUGGAAUGCUCUAUUCGGUGGCAAGCCACUGAUGCCGGGCGAAACUGUGCUCCUGCAAGGAACAGGUGGUGUCUCGAUGACGGGCUUGAUGAUUGCUAGUGCUGCGGGUGCUAAGACAAUCAUCACGUCGAGCUCCGACGAGAAGCUUGAGGUGAGCAUCCCCUUUUCACCGAAAAGGCUCGGUGCCACGCAUACUAUCAAUUACAAGACGCAUCCGGACUGGGACAAAGUCGUCCUCGAGUUAACCGGCGGGCGCGGAGCUCACCACAUAUUCGACAAUGUCGGCAUCAACGAGAUCGAGAAAUGCUUCAAUAGCGUAUCGUACGGCGGCACCAUCCACUGCAUCGGUUUCCUCGGCGGCGAGCCCAAAGUCCGUCCAGACGUGCCGAUGCUCACGCUCAUCAAGGGUGCUACUUUACGAGGGAUUUACCCGGGCUCGAAACAGAUCCUAGAAGAAUUCGUUCGAUUCGUAGAGACGAAGGGCUUGAGACCUCACGUGGAUAGAGUGUUUCCGUUCGAGGAGACGCCGGAAGCGAUCAAAUUUCUCGGGAAGGGGCAGCAUUCGGGGAAGAUCGUUGUGAAAAUCGUCUAG